AUGCAUGUUGGAGAUAUUAGACACCGCUGGCACGGAACAAUUCAAGAACUCUACAUGAAAACCGGCCAAGGAUUUCUCCUCGUCUUCAGCAUCACCUCCCAAAGCUCCUUGAACGAACUGAGCGAACUUCGCGAAACCAUCAUCCGCAUAAAAGAUGAUGAUAAUGUACCCAUAGUGAUUGUGGGGAAUAAAAGUGAUCUCGAACAAGAUCGUAUGGUUAGUCGACAGGCGGCUUUCAAUGUUAGUCAGAGUUGGGGGAAUUCACCGUAUUAUGAGACGAGUGCUAGGAGGAGGGCAAAUGUGGAUGAAGUUUUCAUAGAUCUCUGCAGGCAAAUUAUCCGUAGAGAUAAUAAUCGAUCGACGCCGGAAUUUGAUGAUGAGGUUCAUUCGCCAGUGGAUAAGAAAUAUCAACGGAUAAGAAGGUUGGGGAGAUGUGUCAUCUUAUAA